UUCGUCGAUUCCCACUUUCCUCCUUACCUACCUCUUCCUGUUUUAUCCACCUGUCUCGUCUGCUUCUACCUUAUCGCCCACCUUUCCUCCUUAUCCUUACCUUUCCUGCCAGCCUUUUAAUUUCCCCGCUAGUUGCUCUACUCUCACUUCCUAUCCUUCUGCUCUUCCUAACCUCCAAUUCCUCCCUUCUGUCGCCCUCUUUCACCUCUGCUAUUCUUUUCCCCGGCCGCUUCGUCCCCUAUUUUAUUUUCUCCCACUCUCCUCGCCUUUUUUACCACCUUACGCACUCUUGCACUUCGUCCCGCCCAAUCUCCUCGCUCCCCUUUUCCUUUAUUUUCCCGCACCGUCACUUAUUUUUCACACUCUCCACUGUCGCCGGAAACGGAAGUCACACGACUGAGUGUUAAACGCGCUAAGAACGAGGACGCGUAAACAUAAACAUGGUUACGCGUCCUUGUCCUUAGCGCUUGCUCGAAACUAUAGAUAUAUUUAAUAAGAAAAAAAAUUUUUGUGUGAACUAGUGUCCGCGUUUUUGUAUCAGUUUGGUUCGAGUAUUCGACGAGUGCGCCAAAAGACCAGCGAAAUGGGUAAAUCCGGGAGCAAACAGCCUCCGAAAGAGGAAAAAGGAAAAGAAGAGAACGAAGGGAAAGAAAAAGAGGAGAAAGAAAAGCGAGAACGGGCGGAACUUCUCGAAAUGCUGGAAACUGGGGCUGCCCAGCAGGCAAUGCUGCAGCAGCAGCUUCUAUUGCAGCAGCAGCAAGAGGCGCAGGAAAGAGCGGAGUUACAACGGCGAGAAGAAGCGCUUCGCUCUCCCGUUCAAGUCGUCAUUGGUGGUCCCUAUAACCGAGGAUGGAACGGCGGGCGAAGCCGAAGAGGCCGACGCGGGGGAGGCCGCAGUCGAGCGGCUUGGUACCGGAGGCGCAAUGACUACGAUGUCAGACAAUUUUUCCAAUAAAUUAAAUUAAGAAAAAUUAAACUAUAAAAAAAAUAAAAAUA